AUGACUGACCAAACAGACUCACCGCCUACGCACCCGCAUCAAACCAAUGGUUACAAGAAGCCUCCUUCACAGGAUAACGGAUAUUCUCUAUCCAACAACAAUCAACCAAAUAAUCAUUAUAACGAAAACUACUACGGAGCGAAAGAAGCUCACCAUACCAAGCAGUAUCAAUCAAAAGGUGGCAGGUACGGACAAAGCAAAUACAACAGUCGCAACAACAGUCAAGGAAGCUCCCAAUACUACAACAACAGAUACAAUAAUGCCUACAGAUUGAAUAACAACGACUACAACCCGGCCAUGAUGCCAGGCAUGCAGUGGCCAGCUAAUUAUUAUGCCCCUCAGAUGUACUAUAUACCUCAACAGAUGGUUCCUGUUGCUUCUCCGCCAUAUACACAUCAACCACUCAAUACCAGCACGGAACAUUCUUCUACACCCAAAAUUACGAAAAUAGAAAUAACUACAAAGACUGGUGAACGUUUGAAUCUGAAAAAGUUCCACGAAGAAAAGAGAGCCUUGAAGAAUGACGAGAAGAAUGAUGAAGUAGAUUCGAAGUCUAAGUCAGGAACUCCUUUUGAAAAGGAGGAUUCCCCUGCUGUGGUUGCCAAACAGUCACCAAACGAUACAUUGACUGAAGCAACCAAUGAGAAAUCUGCUUCUGAAGCUGAAAAUACAAAGAGGUUAUUUUUGGAACAAGUUAGGUUGCGGAAAGCUGCGAUGGAAAGAAAGAAGAAUGGUUUAGCGCCUGAAAUUGAGCAGAAUACAGAAACGGUGAAGCAUGUCAGUACUGGCGCAACUAAAUCCAACCCAGUCGUCCAACCAGAGGCUACUAAAGAAGCCUCGAAACCAAUUGAAGGGGCUGACGUACCUGUCACUGAUGAGACAUCAGACGUAAGCGAUGUUCCGGCUCAAUUGAAUGGAACUGGGAUCACAACUAAAACUGUCACUUUUAAUGAACCAGAAAACGAGAGCAGUUCCCAAGAUAUUACUGAACUUGUUGAGGAUAACAAUGAUGAUAUCUCUGAUGUGGAUGUCGGCGAAACUGUAAAUAAAACCGACCCACUUGACGACGACACAGUAAAUCCCGAAUUUGUGACGGAAGAGGACGCGGUGAAAGGAACGACUUCUCACAUAUCCGCUAUUGACAUUCCUACUAUUUCCCAACUACUUGAAACUUUAGGAAAAGCUAAACCAAUUUCCAAUAUAUACGAUUUCCCCUAUCCGGCAGACGUCGAAAGACCAGAUGUCAAAUAUAGGAAGUCAAAUAUUAAAUAUACCUAUGGCCCUACCUUCUUACUACAAUUCAAGGAUAAAUUAAAACUCAGCGCUGACUCUGCCUGGGUUGAAGCUGUAUCUUCGAAAAUUGUCAUACCUCCUCACGUGGCUAGAAAUAGACCAAAAGAUGGUGGCAGAUUUGGAGGUGAUUUUAGGAGUCCAUCUAUGCGCGGCAUAGACCACGCUUCUAACUCAAGGGUGUCAUCCAAAAGAAGAUCGAAAAGAAUGGGAGACGAUAGAAGAUCUAAUAGAGGAUAUAUCUCUAGAAAAGAUCGUGAAAAAGCCUCAGAUAGAGCAGACGAGCAAACUUCAAGAGAAAACGUCCCUCCGUUAGUGCCAAGUGCUAAUAGAUGGAUUCCUAAGUCCAAAGUUAAGAAAACUGAUAAAAAAUUGGCUCCUGAUGGUGAGACCGAAUUACUGGAUAAAGAAGAAGUGGAAAGAAAGAUGAAAUCUCUGUUGAACAAAUUGACCUUGGAAAUGUUUGAUUCAAUCUCCUCCGAAAUUUUGGAUAUAGCAAACCAAUCGAAAUGGGAGGAUGAUGGUAAAACACUGGGAAUAGUUAUCGAGCAGAUUUUUCAUAAAGCUUGUGAUGAGCCUCAUUGGUCUUCAAUGUAUGCCCAGUUAUGUGGCAAAGUGGUUAAAGACCUCGACCAAAGUAUCAAAGAUAAAGAAAACGAGGGGAAAAAUGGACCAAAGCUUGUAUUACAUUACUUAGUGGCAAGAUGUCAUGAAGAAUUUGAAAAAGGCUGGGCGGAUAAGUUGCCCGCAGGAGAAGAUGGUAAUCCGUUAGAGCCUGAAAUGAUGUCUGAUGAAUACUAUAUUGCAGCAACCGCUAAGAGAAGAGGAUUGGGUCUCGUUCGUUUCAUAGGGUACUUAUAUUGUUUGAAUUUAUUGACUGGAAAGAUGAUGUUUGAGUGUUUCCGUAGAUUAAUGAAAGACUUAAACAACGAUCCGUCGGAGGAGACCCUUGAAUCUGUCAUUGAAUUACUAAAUACUGUGGGUCAACAAUUUGAACAUGAUAAAUUUGUGACACCUCAAGCAACUCUUGAAGGUUCAGUACUACUCGACAAUCUGUUUUUGCUAUUACAGCAUAUCAUUGAUGGAGGUGCCAUAUCGAAUAGAAUAAAGUUCAAGUUGAUAGAUGUGAAGGAAUUGAGACAUAUUAAGCAUUGGAACAAUGCCAAGAAAGAUGCAGGACCAAAGACUAUUCAACAAAUCCAUCAAGAGGAGGAGCAGUUGCGCCAACAAAAAAGCAGUCAAAGAUCAAAUUCUAGAUUUAAUAACCACAAUCAAUCAAACAGCAACAGAUACUCUUCUAACAGAAGGAACAUGCAAAAUGCACAGAGGGAUAGUUACGCCUCCACAAAAACAAGCUCCUUCAGAAAUAAUCAAAAAAAUGUUCGUAAAGUGGAGGAAGUUCCACAGACUCCCAGAGCCAAUAUGUUCGACGCACUGAUGAAUAAUGAUGGAGACAGCGAUUAG